AGUAGCGGUUACAGGAGUAGGGAUACUGCGCAUGUCCGAAACUGCCAAAUAUGAACGCUGCUCCAACAUCUCAAGACAUCUGACCAAACCAGUGAACAUCAUGGGUGGUUGAGAGAUACACCCUGGACUUAUUUGUUGUGAAGAGGACAGGCUAGUUAGGCUAGGCUAUACUCUAGACCCCUCAGCCGCAGUCCAGAAGCUUCUGCAGCCAUGGCUGAAGAGGACUACGGCUGCUUCGUGGACUGGACCCAGAUGGGGGACCUGGCCAACAGCAGUGGCCCCUCCAAACUGGACGUCAAGGACCCAGUAGAGCUCAAGAAGCUGGCCAGGCAGGGCCACUGGGCCAAGAACCACAAACUUCGUGCCCAGGUCUACCAGCAACUCAUCAAGGCCAUCCCCUGUCGCACCGUCACCCCCGACGCUGAGGUCUACCGUGACCUCAUGGGGGACAACACAGGUAAAAAAGCCUCGUCCGUCAUCCCACUGCCAGACUUUGUGGACGGCAGCGCUGUUCCACGCUACUGCCUCAAGGCAGACUCAGUGACCGCCGUCCACCGGGUCAUCUCCUGUCUGGCGGGCCAGUUCCCAGACAUCUCACACUGCCCGGCACUGCCCGCCAUGACGGCCCUCCUUCUGCACUUCAGCGCCGACGAGGCGCAGUGCUUCGAGCACAUCAGCCGUCUGCUGGCCUGCAACGAGCCGGGCCGACGCUUGGUGGACCAGACCUUCCUGGCCUAUGAGUCCAGCUGCAUGACCUUCGGUGACCUGGCCAACAAGUACUGCCCGGCCGCCCACAAGCUGAUCGUGGCCACAGCGCAGGACGUGGUGGAGGUGUACUCAGGCUGGCAGCGCUGGGUGCUGGGUGACCUGCCCUUCAGCCACAUGGCCCGGGUACUAGACGUCUUCCUGGUGGAAGGAUACAAGGUGUUGUACCGCGUGGCUCUGGCCCUGCUCAAGUUCUACCGCAAGCAGAAGGCCGGGGCUGGGGGUCAGCCGUCAGAGGGCCAGAAACAGGACUCUGCAGAGGUCAAGGCGGAGAUCCAGGCCUUUGUCAAAGCCAUCGGCUCCAGCAUCACCCCAGACAAGCUGCUGGAGAAGGCCUUCUCCAUCCGCCUGUUCAGCCGCAAAGAGAUUACCCUCCUGCAGCUCACCAAUGAGAAGUCGCUGCAGCAGAAGGGCAUCACUGUCAAACAGAAGAGUCUGAGGCGCAACGUGCAGCUGGCUCUGAACCCGGACACCUUCUCCUCGGAAGUGGUCAGCGCCAAGGAGAUGAGGGACAUCUGGUCAUGGAUCCCCGAGCGCUUCGCCCUGUGCGAACCACAGCUCCUCUUCACUACCUCCACUCACGGCUGCAGCCUCAACAGGUUCUACGCUCAUGUCGAAGGCUAUGAGCCCACUCUGCUACUCAUCAGGACCUGUGACGCUGACGUAUGUGGAGCCUUUCUCUCAACCGAUUGGGAGGAGCGCAAGCGAGGCGGGAACAAACUCAGCUUCUUUGGGACUGGAGAAUGUUUUGUCUUUAGGCUGAAGCCGGAGAUGGAGAGGUACGAGUGGGUGGUGAUCCGCCACCCGGAACUGGCCUCCUCCAUCAAGGCCCAGAGCAGUGAGGACCCUGCUGAGGACGAGGCUCCCACCGACGGGCAGAACUCUGACAACAGCCUCCCCGUGGAGAGGCCGGCCGCUGACCCAUCCAACCGCCUGUCGCCCUUCCUCUCGGCCCGACACUUCCACCUCAACUCCAGAAACACCUCCAUGUUCAUGGCUGGCAACUUUGACUCCAUCAUAGUGGGGGGAGGCGAGGGCAACGCGCUGUACAUCGACGGCGAGCUGAACCACGGACGCACAGCCCGCUGCACCACCUUCGACAACCCACCGCUCUGCUCCACCGAGAGCUUCCAGGUGGCCCUGCUGGAGGUGUGGGGCUUCCAGGACGCCAUGGCCUCAGAUAGAUAGAGAGACACAUACACACAGUUUAGAGACACACACACACCCCACCAAGGGCCUGAUGAAGGUACCAGCAAUAUCAGAACAAACCCCUUUCCGUCCAGCAAAUUCAUUUAUCCUUUGAAUUCGAUACAUAAAUGUGAAAUAUUUGUAUUUAUUAAUGUAAAACAAGUAUCAUCUUCUGAAAGUAUCUUUAUUUGUGAUUAUUUUUUACAGUUUUAAUUGUUGUAUUAUUCUUUUUGUUGACUCAUUUGGGGGAUUUUAAAAAGGCUUUGACUGGCAUUAUUACCAAAUGCCAUGGUUUUACACACUCAAGUAACUUGUUUCAUUUCUAUAUUCACUUUAUAUCUACUCAUGAAUUUGUGCAAUCUGGUUAGGCACCAAACCAACCGCCAAAAUCGUAGUUAGUAGGCCUGUAAGUCUUAGAACAUAUGCCGUCUACCCAGCUGGAGUCUAUGAAAAAUGAAUUGUACAAAGUGAAGUGUGUAUUUGGUAAAGAAUGUUGAAUUGUGGGGUCUUUGCAAUCAAAAAAAUAAUAAGUAAUGCAGUUGUGACAUAAGUCGUGCCAGGUUUUGUUGUCUUUCAUCAAGCCCAGUUGUGCUUUUCCCCUCUAACUGUACAUAUCUGGGAGUUAUUACUCUAUAUCAGAUUAACUGUAGUGCUGUUGGCAGAUAUUUGUGUAAUCUUGAUGUUUCAGUGUAGCCUGGUCCCAGAUCUGUUUGUGCUGUCUUACUGAACCAUCUCCUAUGAUCAUUCAUUGUCAUGCCAAACAUGGCAAUUGGCUAUACAGUUGGCUAUACGGUACGAACAGAUCUGGGACCAGGCUAGUUUGUCUGGCUGUUGUGCGCCCAUAUUCUCGCCAGAUGUACUAUUGGUUCUGCACACAGCAGUAAAUUAGAUAAAGCCCCCUUGUAAAGUAUGUGAAUAUCGUUCUUUGAAUGUUUUUUAUUGAUACUGUAAAAGUGUUAUCAGGUGAGAUGAAGACCAUAUCCACUUCCCUCUCAUUUAGGUUCACAACCUGUAGUGAAGCUAUCUAUGUGUAAGUAAUGCAGUAUUCAUCUGUCUCUCGCUCUCUUUCUCUAUCCGUCCCUCUCUAUCUCUGAAACAAUAUUAUCCAAAAAAGUGCAGAAAAUGUAAGUUAUUCUGCAGAGACUCAACAGUAUAUCAUUGAAUCUGUGUUGUGUUGAAGAAAGUCCUUCAGUGAAGUAUCGAUUUAAAAAAAACUACAGAUGUAUCAUAUAUGUGAAAGUAAUACACUUUGAAACAAGUGAUAUUUGUCUUUGUCAGGUUUUAUUGUUCAAUAUUUAUAUUUCAUCGUUUUUUUGGCCUGCUUUGCAUGCAUGUGCCCCUACCCACUCUACUGUUCUUUCUCUGACUAUGAAAGGAGGGUAGUAGUUUCUUGAACCCUGUCACAUAAACGUGUCAGUUGCCUUUCACAGUCUCAGGAUCUAACUAUUAGCCUAGCCUGACGACUCGCACCAAAUUCUUCCGCUGCUCUGUCGUUCGCUACAUGCUUUAGUCUGAGACUGCCAUCAUUGAAGUUGUUUGUGAAGUCCUCAGCGACUGGAUCGUCACUAGCCAAUCAGAGUAUCACAGCCAAUGGCACAUUUUCAAACCGCCACUUUACCCAAGUGUGUUCUGGCUCUGGACCAAACAGACGGCCCCGACUGUGUUGGCAUUAGGUGACGGGUCAGGGAGGUACUCAGAUUCAGACUCACUGGGCAGGUUUGCGUGGUAAGGCGAAAGUAAACAGAAGUCUAAUAGGGUCGGGGGAGGUACACCGACUUCUGCUAUUUCUAGGAAUCACGACAAUGGCAGACAUGUUGUUUGCGUUCGUUAUUGCCGAUGAAAUUGAUGCUAUUGAAAUUCCACUUCUCCUACACAAAGCUGAACGUGAUCAUCAUGUUCCAAGGAAUUAAUAUCCUGAUGAUAACGAAAUUAGAUACCAGCCCAAGCUCUUUCACAAGCCUUGUUUUGUAUUUCUGUGAUGGUUUUCUCAAAAUAUAACCAGGUAGUGAGUAAAUAGGCUACUAGAAUGAGAACAUAUCGGGAGUUUCUGCAGCAUAUGGGAUGUGCUCUGUUUGCCAUUACUUCAUGCCCUUGUACCUUCCUCAUUAUUAUUUGUGAUUGUGCAACAUGGAAUUAUAACAGAUGUCAUUAAAUGGAGUCCAGAAAUA